GUAUCGCCCUCUACACAAGUAACGGAAGUAAUGCCAACCAAAGAAGAACCAACAAAUGGGAUAUUUGAGCAGCUGGCAGAGCAAGCAACCCCAUUCUUGUAUCCUUGCGCAGUGGAGUUCAAUCUCAUAGUAGCAGGUUUCCUGUACAUUAUAUGGCGCUCGGUCGGGAAGUCACAUCAACAUGGCACCGCGCAAAAUGAAGACCACGCCCAUCACACGCGUGCUGGUGUGUUUGAACGCAUCGAUUGCUCCAACAGUACCAUCGGGUUCCUCCUGGGCAUCGUGAUACUGAUCUACGGCGUGGCGGCCAUCGUGUUUUUUAUGGCGUAUGACGAAGACAAGACCCUGGACUACAAGAUGCGGCACUUCGCUCUGCUUUUUUAUCAGACGAUGCAUGUGGUUACCUCAGCUUUGAUGUGCGUGGCGCUUGGGGCGAUGUUCCUCUUCCUCAGAAGGCUGGACUUUGACAGGCAGAAGGACAUUGCGUUAGACCGCACCCUGCUAAUUGUGUCGCUGACGGGAUUGUUUGCCCUGGCCAUCUUUAACGCGAUAUCUGCCGUUGCAUUUGACACGGACGCCUCCCCUUCAAAAAAACUUUUCGAAGAUGAGGACGAGGGGACAGACAUCGCCCCCUUUCACUUAACUUUCACCAUCGCGGUGUUUCAAAUCUUGGAGGCAAUGAUGCAAACCGCGUGCAUCUUAGACGGAUUGCGCAGGCGCCCUGGCCCAAAGCGGGUUUCAAAUACAGUUAAGCAGGGUCGUCAGUUCAUUACGUUCUUGCUCGUUUGCAACGUGUCUCUUUGGAUUCUUAGCACGUUUGAGGUGAAGUGUCCGCAAACUUCCCCCGUUUCAUUGCUACUCUAUCACGGUUUGGGUUGGUGCAUCAUAUCGCACAUUUCCAUGCCGAUGGUGAUUUUCUUCCGAUUUCACAGCGCCGCUUGCAUGUUUGAAAUUUGGAAGGAGGCUUUCACAGAUUAGUUCAUGCUACAUGUACAUAGGCUCGCUACAUUUUUAGGUUGUCGCGCA